CCCGCCCCCGCCGCCUCACCCUGUCAACACCCCAACUCUGGGGGACCUUAGGUGCAGACCCCCGAUGCAGACCCCCGACGCCGCAUCCCACUGGAUCCCUUUUACGCCACUUAUUUUCAGUCGCGAGAUUCCCCCACUAGAGUGGUUGCAGUGAGAACCGGAAAUUUUCAUUUAACUCUCCCCCGCCCUCCGGGCCCCCAGUUCGGAGCCGAUCGCUGGGGAGCACAGCCAGGGCCCGGCCGGGCCUUGCUCGCUUGCUCCGGAAGGUUUUAAUUUGCACACUCGCCUCCGGGUGGUUCUCGGGCCCCGAGGCUCGCAGGUCCCCCGCCCCGCAGUCCUCCACUCGGGCCCCCAGCCGCGGCCAGAGCCCCGAGGCCCCCGAGCCUCCCCGGCUCCCCCUCGGGCGGCGCCCUCCGCCGUCCCUCCGCCCUCCACCGCUGUGCCCACCCCCUACCCGCAGAGCGCUGCUCGCCUGGGCCGCAGUAGUCAGUUACCUGCUCCGCGGGGCGAACACGUGCGGGGGCAGACAGACACUCCAGCUUCACAGGAGGCCGGCGUCCCUGGACCGCAGGUGCAGAGAUUGUGGGCAGACUAUGUAAUCGCUGCGGAGGGGGAAGAGGAGGGAUCGGCGCUCUCCUGCGGCGGCGGCGCGGCGACUCGGCUAGGCGGAGUUUCGCAGCGGCUGCGCCCGGCUUGCACCCGCGGGCGAGAAGGUCGGUCCGUCUAGCCCGGCGGCCGCGAGUCCGACUCCCCGAGGCGUGUAAGGCAGCGAGUGAGCACCCCGGUUCCACUGUGCCGCACCCGCAGCCUGAAGCCAGCAUGGAGAAGGACAGCCUGAGUCGCGCCGAUCAGCAGUAUGAGUGCGUGGCGGAGAUCGGCGAAGGCGCCUAUGGGAAGGUGUUCAAGGCCCGCGACCUGAAGAACGGCGGCCGCUUCGUGGCUCUGAAGCGCGUGCGAGUGCAGACCAGUGAGGAGGGCAUGCCGCUCUCCACCAUCCGCGAGGUGGCGGUGCUGAGGCACCUGGAGACCUUCGAGCACCCCAACGUGGUCAGGUUGUUUGAUGUGUGCACAGUGUCACGGACGGACAGAGAAACCAAGCUUACACUAGUGUUUGAGCAUGUUGAUCAAGACUUGACCACUUACUUGGAUAAAGUUCCAGAGCCCGGCGUACCCACAGAAACCAUAAAGGAUAUGAUGUUUCAGCUUCUCCGAGGUCUGGACUUUCUUCAUUCUCACAGAGUAGUGCAUCGUGAUCUGAAACCGCAGAACAUUCUGGUGACCAGCAGUGGACAGAUAAAGCUGGCUGACUUUGGCCUUGCCCGCAUCUAUAGUUUUCAGAUGGCCCUUACCUCGGUGGUCGUCACGCUGUGGUACCGAGCCCCAGAAGUCCUGCUCCAGUCCAGCUAUGCCACCCCUGUGGACCUCUGGAGUGUCGGUUGCAUCUUUGCAGAAAUGUUUCGCAGAAAGCCUCUUUUUCGUGGAAGUUCAGACGUGGAUCAACUAGGAAAAAUCUUGGACAUCAUUGGACUCCCAGGAGAGGAAGACUGGCCUAGGGACGUGGCCCUUCCCCGGCAGGCUUUUCAUUCCAAAUCUGCUCAACCCAUCGAGAAGUUUGUGACAGAUAUUGACGAACUAGGCAAAGACCUACUUCUGAAAUGCCUGACGUUUAAUCCAGCUAAAAGGAUAUCCGCCUACGGCGCCCUGAAUCACCCGUACUUCCAAGAUCUGGAGAGAUACAAGGACAACCUGAACUCUCACCUGCCAUCCAACCAGAGCACCUCGGAGCUGAACACAGCCUGAGGUUCCACGGGGAUGCCCAUGAGCUCGUCAUCUGAACACAUUGGCGGCUGCGAGUCCCCUAAGCAAGCCUCUCAGAGCAGUUGAAGAUUGCUGGCUGCCAACCUUCUGGCUGCCAGCUUCUGGGUGGGCUCUGCCUUACCAAGGAAACCACCUAGUUUACUGUUCAGAGAUCAAUGCAAGGGUGAUUGCAGCUUUAUGUUCGUUUGUACACUUGUUUGUUUUGUCUGUUUGUUUCAAGAACCUGGAAAACUUCCAGAAGAAGAGAAGCUGCUGACCAAUUGUGCUGCCAUUUCGUUUUCUAACCUUGAAUGCUGCCAGUGUAGGGUGGGAAUCCAGGCCCAGCUGAGUUAUGAUGUAAUCCGCCUGCAGCUGCUGGGCCUGCUUUGGUACUUGUGAGUGUGUGUGCAUGCGUAUGUGUGUGUAAGAGAGAAGAGGAGGGGAGAGAAAGACCCCUGAUCUCGUCAAGUGUUACUUUUUUUUUGUAGAAAACAAGAAUAAUUGAGUUUUAAAGAGUAGAGGUGACUGAUAGUAAGAAGGGCUUGUUCAGUGAAAGGUGAUUCACAAUGGAGUCUUGUUAGGAAGGUUGGACCUAAGUCCUCAGAGUUGCCUUCCUGUCCAAAAGCUUUUGCUAGCAGUAAACAAUAAAGGUUUAGAUGCCACAAAAAAUGGGGGGAACCACAAUAUUUUUUAAGAGACUUUUUAAGGCAUACAUCUUCUAUUUACUCUUUGGAAAGCUGAACUUAAUGUGUCCCAGGCCCUAUAUAUAGUACAGUAUGUACUUAAUUGUUUCUUUGGGGAAAGAUGCUAUAAGUAUCUUAUUACUUGCAAUACAUUUAAGGAGUGAGUGUACCUCAGAUAGGUUUUAAAGAUAGAGAGCACCUGUUUUCUGGUGUGAGAUGUUAUCAUUUUCUUCACGUCUCUUGAUACCUUGAUACCUUGUCACCUUAGGGAAUCACUUCCUGCUCUGACUAGAGGCGGGAAUACCAUCUAGCUGUCUCCACCACCCACCAUGGCGCAUCUGCCUUGUGCUGCCUUGUGUAGUGCGAAGCUCUCAACCACCAGCACUUCUAAUUCAUUUUCCUGCCACUGCCUGGCUAACGACAGAUGGCCCAGCUGCCCCAAUCCCACACCCGCUUGCACGCUUACCGUCUUUCACCGAAUGCUUUGGGCGUAGGCUCCCAUUCCGAAACCCUAACAGUAUCCCCUUGUGCCUUUGUAAUACAGUCUUCCCCCUGCCGCAGCUGAGGUCACCUAGGCAGUGAAGAGUGCUUGUUCUGUGUGUGUAUAGACUACUACCGACUGUCACUUGGUGUUUCCUAUCUUUAAGUGUAUGUUGUCAGUGUAAUGUCUGAGGAAAUGUCUUUUCCUCUCUUCUAGAGAUAACUACUUACUCUCUAAAGUGAUCUCUCUGUCUGUCCGCAGGAUGUGUUUCUGGGUUUUUGUUCUUUUUUUUUUUUUUUUUUUUUUUUUGUCUGAGGCCUCAUGUCAGCCCUGCUUUCUGCAGAGCCAGCCUACCCUGGGCAUUAUAAACAACUGUACCUUACUGUUUUCUUUCAGUCCUUUACAUUCUGUGCCACCUUUGCCUUAUUAUAUCCGUGGCUUAGUGCUAAGCUGGCACUACUCCAUAGAAGGUGUAGAAGGCAGCUUUCGGGAAGCGUAGCUGAGUUUUGUUUGAAUCGUGUUUGAGCACAUUUAAGUAAACGCUAGAUGAUGCUUCACUGUAGAGCUUUGAAAGACUGCCUGAUGUUUCACACGGCAGUGUAGGCUCCAGAUGGUGUUUGUAUGUUAUGGACCUUACUGUGUUUCUCGUAGCUGAACAAUGCAUGUGGUUAUUUGUUUGUUUGUUUUUUGGUUUCUCUGUGUAGCCCUGGCUGUCCUGGAACUCACUCUGUAGACCAGGCUGGCCUCGAAUUCAGAAAUGCGCCUGCCUCUGCCUCCCAAGUGCUGGGAUCAAAGGCGUGCGCCACCACGCCCGGCUUUGCAUAUGGUUAUCUGUAUGGAGAAGAAUUAGAUGUCUUUCCUGAGAGCUUUGGAGGUUGGGAAUCAUCUUCUUCUGUUUAUUUUUAUUUUUAACAUUACAUUACAUUCUUCUGAUUCAGUAUCGCAAGAAAGGAUUUUUUCUUUUUUCAAAAACAAAACUUUAAGAAGCCAGAGGCUAGGCUGAGAAUGUUCUGCGCUCGUCCUCACAGCUCUGCUGCCGACACUGCCAACGCUCGAGACAGUCAGCCUGGAACCUCUGGGACAAGGUCUACUCGAGGUCUCACUUGGACAGCGAGUUCUGCCUUGUCAUUGAACAAGGUCCAAAAUACAGACAUUUUUGCUAGGGCCUAGAAAUCGACCAUAAAACUCACUGCAUUGAGGCCUAAUCCAUUCUAUAUUAACAUCCAUGUGAUAAAGUGAAAAUAAUUUUGAGGGUUUUGCUUUCGCCAAAAAAAAAAAAGAAAGAAAGAAAAAAAAAGAAAGGAAGAAAAAGAAAAAAGAAAGGAUUGUUUUCCUUAGCUUUGCUCAAGAAAAAUACAGCUAUCCUAAACUGGAAUCUUCCCGUAUUCUUUAGAGUCUUAAGUAUAGAGUUUAACUUCACUUUUGUCAGCUGUCUUGAGCUUAUUUCUAAGUAGUUUUGUUUUGGCUUUUGGUGAGUGAGGUAGUGGGAGGUUAAUUUUGGGGUCUUUUUUUUUUUUGGCUUUGUUUGUGUGUGUGUGUGUGUGUGUGUGUUUAUGUGUUUGGCUUUUGGGUUUGGUUGGUUAGUUGUUUAGUUUGUUUUUUUGUUGUUGUUUAAUUUGCUUUUUCUAGGCAGGGUUUCUCUAUGUGGCCCUGGCUGUCCUAGAACUUGCUCUGUAGACCAGGCUAGCCUCAAACUCAGAGAUCCACUUGCCUCUGUCUCGAGUGUGCUUGAACUAAAGGCAUGAGCUACCCUCCUCAGCCCACUCCAAACUUUGAGUAAUAUUUUUAAAUCAUAGACAUGUUGGUAUUAGAAACAUGGCGUAUUGUGGUGGAUGGUAGAGAAAGGGCGCCGCAACCUCUCAGGACAUCAUAUGUCUGGCCAGCUCUUCAUUCAUAUAGGUGCUCUCUGGAUAUGUCUUUACAUCAGACUCACACCUCUGAAACCCGGUUUUCACACAAGGAGACUUGCCAUUGGGGUCUUUAGUAGCCCAGGGAAACAUAGAGUAAACUGAAGAGCUUACUGUGUGCCGCUUAUCCUUAGAUGGCCUCAUCCAGUCACAGGUCUUUGUCAGAAUCUAACCAUUGAUUCACUGAGGAGACCCUACUGCCCUGAGGUUCCACUGAAGCAGCUUUUAGUGAGACUAGGGCAAGAAUAUACCGAAUAGCUUCUGUUCAAGGUUUGGUUCCAGAGACUCUACCAUUUACAGGACUGGCUGGAGUUACAACAACCUCUUAAAGAGGGUAGGGCGGGUUCUCCAGUUAGACCCCCUAACCUCACAGGUGAGUAGUCCUAACCUGACAGCCUUAGAAACACAGUUGCCGAGUACCUGAGAGCACCCAGUGGCCCGCCGCCUCCUAUUCAGCCCCUCUUUAAAGACGACAGACGGUUAAGCCAUGGAGAAGCUGUUCAGGUAGCACGGGGCCAUUUCUGCCCCCAGCUUGUCAUGUUUUUUCUCUCAGGACCCACUCUCUGACCAGUAGACUUGAAUUUAGCCCCAAGUGAUUUACUAAACUCAGCUCAGAAGCUCACUUAAAAAUAGGACCUCCACAUGGUCGUGCUAAGUAAAAAUGAAGACCCCAAGUUGCACAGGGUGCUGCUAUCUCAAAGACAAUACUUUCCUUUGAAUAGAAAGCUGUGCCGUCCACCCUGCAAUGGGUGCUAGCCAACUUGCUUGAGAAAGUCAGGAGCAAGCAUUUUGAGUUUUAAAGAAUGUCCUGAACUUGUCUUUUAAGUAAACAUAGCUGCUUUAUUAAAAGCUGUGACUACUAAAGCCAGUCACAGCCAUCGUCACUGUGGGAGUUAAAUCAUGUCAACUUUCAAACAUCACAGUUGUUUCAAUCUUCUGUCCAAAGAACUCCUCUUCUGGAGAAAACCUGAUUUUGGUUUUGGCUUUUUGUCUUGUCUUGUUUUGUUUUUCCUGAGAUGGGGUCUCUCUGUGAAGCCCUGGCUAUCCUGGAACUCAGUGUGUAGACCAGGCUGGCCUUGAACUCAUGUAGAUCUGCCUGCUAAAACUAAAGACAUGCACCACCAUGACAGCUGACUAUUUUUUAUGAUGAGCACAGAAGUGGCUCACAUUUUCUUAAAGCACACUUUUGUCACAUAGUAGAGUCUAGGAAAGAAUAACAUUGAAAAUCCCCAUCCCAGUGUGACACUUGUGUAAGCACAUAUGGAUAGCCAUUGGAAGAAUACAUGCUUGCUUGUAACAUGAAAUUAAAGACAUUGUAUAAUUUCUUAAUCUUUAAAAAUUACCAAAAAAGUGGCAACAGUAUGUUUAAGGUUAUUUUAAUUUUUACAUAAAUUGUUAACCAUAUUUGUUUGCCUUUAAGUAUAUUCUAAGAAUUAUAAUUAAGUAUAAUUAUAAGUCAUCCCGCACAUUCAGCACUUAUGGACUAGGUAUGUCAAAAUACACAAAUUCUGUAUUUCUUGUUUCAUAGGAAGAAAGCAGCCAUCUGAAGCUCUACUCAUAUAUAUGCCUAAGAAUAUCUAUACAAAAUUAAAGUUUAAAAGGCCUUUGCCUCUCGUGCAGCUGAGAAUAGACAACUUAUAAGCCUUAUCCAAAAACCAUGAUAAAGGGAUCAUGUGCAUCCUUACAAAAACCCCUUAUCCUGUGCAUACUUACAUCCAAGUACAUCCUAAGGAAGGUGUCCGUGCAUUCAUCUGCCACAGUGGGGAAGCUGCCUGGUGCAAGGUGUGAGUCCUGGAAUGAUUAGUGAUAGUGGUCUCAAAUGAGGACACCUUCGUCUCCCACCAGUUUCCUUCCUAUGGACAGGCUCAGUCCAGUUAUACAGGCCAGGAGGGGCUGGUGCCCACAGCCUCCCGCCUCUGCAAGGUAGGAUUGCAUAUCUCAAACAUCUCUAACUCAGUUUCGGCUUUGUUGGUCUUGUUUAAGGAAAUAAGCCAGUAAGCCAAAACUAUUUUUGUUGUUGUUCUCUUGUCUUCUGAAAGAGAGGGGAUAUCAAUUUUAAAUGUUUCUCUCAAUUUGAUCUUUCAAAUUUUUCUAAUAAAGUGCCAAAUUGCUGCUGCUUCUUCUUCUUCUUUCUUCUUCUUCUUCUUCUUCUUCUUCUUCUUCUUCUUCUUCUUCUUCUUCUUCUUCUUCUUCUUCUUCUUCAUGUUUUCUGCUAGGGUUUUCUUGUUUUGUUUUGGUUUCAGUUUGUUUUAUUUUCAGCAAGUUAGGUAACUUGAGAGGACUUCCACUAGGAUGUUCACACCUCUGUGCUCUGGUCCUCUGACCCCUCCAAAAAAUAGCCACCUGGGAAUAAAUGCAAGCUCCCCCCCUCCAGCAUCUACCAAAAUACUGUUGCAGCAAUUCCAAGUUCAAAUGGUGGGGAUGGAAGGUAGUUUGGAGUUGGGUUGGGUUGGGUUGGGUUAGGUUGGACAGAAGUCAGUUUUAAAAUUCACAGCGCCCUAAGGUCAGUGUGGGGUUUAUUCCUCUAUCCCAAUGUGUUUCACAAGGUGGCGCUUUCAGAGAAAACUCUAAACCUGACCAAGACUGAGAGGUAUUCUAGAGACAGUACUUGUAACUAUUUUCCUGCACAUCUGUAACUAUCACCUAGCAUAUUCCUUCAGACAAUUAACAGCCUUCAUAAUAUUCUACAGCUUAUAUGUUUUGCUUUUUAGCUAGGUUCUGAGUGACUAAGUUAGGCUUGAGAGUGAUGUUUAAGCAAUAAAGAAGGCCUUUACUUAAGAGACAUUUUUGAUGUACCCAAAUAACCUGAAAUUCUAGGACAUACAACUAAAAACUUCCCUGAAGCCGGCCCUCGUCUGUGAGCAGCACGGUUUCAUUAGAAAUGGCAAAACUCCUUGCGGGGUUGGGAGUGGGGGACAGUCCUAACUCUCACAGCCCUUGACAUGUCUGCUGCGGUUCACCCCUCACUAUCCAUGACCUUUUGACACUGUCAUUUCUAAACUCAAGUGAACAAAGGAAGCACUGCAUCUGUAACUGAGUAUGCAGACCAUUUUCUAAAGAACCACAGUGCUCGACAAAUACUGGAAGAACUGGUAUGUUUUACACGCACAUAAACUACAAGUGCAAACUCUUACAUUCCAAUUCCUAAAUUACAGUUAUAUAGUACAUAUGAACAUUACAGUUUAGACAGGAACCUGCAUAAGGCUUUGGUUUUUCUACUCUCGAGGUCACUUUUAUACUACAUUUUAAAUUCACACUUUUCUCAGAGACCCAGCCCCCUGAGCCAAUAGUGACAGUACACUGGGAUGAACAGACACAGUACCACACCAUGGCAGAAAGCAGUUUAUUCCUUAUGAGUCACACACACACACACACACACCCUGCCUGACUUCACACACACACACACACACUGCCUGACUUCACACACACACACCCUGCCUGACUUCACUCCAGAAAGGCUGGCAGGGAGGUUUCAGUCAUUUACACAGACCAGGUGCUCAAGCAUUGAGAAAUCGAUUCUUUCAACCCUCUGCUCUCACUGAAGCAGAUCUCAGGUUAAGCCCCUCAGUGAAAGGCCAAGGGUCCCCUGGGUCUGCCACCAUUCUGGAGUUCCUGAGCCUGACCCCACCCCUACUCCUGCUGAAUGACAGGGGGCGGGGCAGCGGAGCCAGGCCAAGCAGGAUAUUGUGGGAGGACCAGUGACCUGCUGCACCUCAGCCAUCUGUUGUGCCAUCUUAGGAAGCAGGGUGCUCGAGAAACACAGAGCUGUCCUCUGAGCUACAAUAACUACAGUUUGCUCACUAGGCUAGCUAGCUCUGGUGUAGAGAUGCAAGCCCUAUAUGAAAUGUCUCCCACUCAAAGUUUUGCUGGGGGGUGGGGGUUGAGAUGUAUAAUUGCAGGAGAAAUUCUGACUUUACUGUUUUCUAUCUGAUACAUCCAUGGUGGGGAAAAGAUAUGAAACUGUCUCAGUUUGAAAAGCUCUUCUACUUCAAUUGGCAAACGCAUGGAGUUCGUUACUUUCUACUUUCUUCUUUUUUCUCCUUUAGUGAGCAAAUUAUUCCUUGAACAGAAAGAGGAUUUUCCCAUUUAGAGGAAGCUUCUGUGUGAAUUGUCAGGUCACACAAAUAAUGCCAUUAUAUUGUUGAGUGUAGGGCUUUGGUUUUUCAGGGGACACAUAGCCAAGCAGUGAUGGUCAGGAAUUAUGUCUCACUCUAUCAUUUCUUACUCAAGCAGGGUUCCAGCCAGAUUCUAUUGUGAGCUGAGGUUAGUCGGGGGACCCUGUGCUCUACUUGAAGUUUCAUAAUCUUUAGUUCUAUGAAAUGCAAUAACAUAUAUUAGCCAGCAAUAUUCCUGUGGUCGCCAGCAUCUCUGAGUUUGACCUUCAGUCUCUGGAUGGUUAAAAUAGAUCCCAGCAGUAAUCCAUUUCUUGACAUCAGUGCUUAAGUCAAGUAUCUUUCCACUCUGGUCCUAUUUGCAACAAUGUAUUCAUGUAUGUUUCAUUUCCUUUAUUCAUUAUUUUCCUAUGAACAGUGAUAAAUGUAUUAGCACAUUGAAUUAAUAGCAUAAUAGAAAGAGCACUUAGCAGAUGGGGAUUUUUUAUCAAGUCCCACAUUUACAUAAGUUAUUUCUAUUAUUAUUCAUGUAUAUUAUUUAUUGCUAAGCCUCACACCAUUCCUGUGAAAGUGCAACUAAAGGCAGAUAUUAGGGCUUGGAUUUAAUGUUCCUUAUCAUGGUCUUGAACAAAAAAUUCAGUGAUGCCCCCAAAUAAGCUGCCUGCGUUUUUAACACGACUGCUAGAUUUCAGUAGGUUAAGUGUAACACUUUUGGUGUCUAGGUGUCUUUUUACAUUAAAAGAGGCAAAGCAGCAGAACUCUGUAGCUAUUGCUUCUGGCAGAGAUUUGUUUAGCAUAGUGUGGUAUUAAUUAUAGCAAAUGUUAAGGUAGCAUGUAGAGGUUGCCUUCAAUAAGGGACUGUGCCAGGUGGCCAGCAAAGUGGAUUCUAGGCAGAGCAGGCGUCUAGGUGCUGCCUCCUGUCUGGUUGUGUGAAGAGAGCUGCUCCGAGCAAUGUAGUGCCCCCGUGCCCCCGUAGGUGUCCUGGGCAGCGGUGGGAACACGUGGUACUGUAGAGAAGGGAUCAGCGUGAGGGGUGUUCUGUAGGAACAGAACUGGUAGCGUAUGCCUUGAGGCUUCCUGCCCGUGUUUUCAGAUUCCAGGCAUACAUUCUGUAUACAGAAGCAGUCCAUCCUAGCAAUAAAACCUAGGAAUCCCCAACAACUCAAAAGGCAGUUGCCCUGCUGUGGUUUCUGUCCUGAGCUGAAGGUUAACGGGCAAGUGUUAGGCACAGAAGAGCAUCGUGUGCUGGGGUGCCGUGCCACGGCCCAGGGUGCGUGUUAGCAGUAGAGACUGUUACAGGGUUGUCCCUUCUAGGUGCGUAGAAGUAUAUGGCUUCACUGUAAAGUGUGUAUUGUUUCUGUAUUCCCACAGGGACUUGUUAAAGCUUCUAGAGGCUUCAGCAAAGCUGUAGACCACAGUAAGCUGCUUUUUGUUUGACUUAUUCUUAGACUAGGAAAUGUUUAAAGGUUAAAAAAAAAAAAAAAAGAAUCUUCAUUUAGACACUGAACUCGCUAUUUUCUGGACUGAAAUCAUGGUCCUAGAACUGUAGAAAUCACACCCAUUAGAUGCUAAUCUAGGUUGUGUAAGCCAGCCCCAAGAGUCUAGCAUCCCCACACUGUAUCUGCAUCUUCCUGCAUCUUACCUUCCUUCCCGAAGGUGCUCCCUACCACUACCCUGACCUGUCCCUUUGGUGCUUCCCAUCUCCUUGGCUGAAAGUUAGGCAUCAAGCAUGUGAUGAGAAAUACUUUCAGCACCAAGUAUGCCUGCCUAGGCCUAGCCACCGCCCCCACUUUGCCUUUGGCUAGCCAUAGUCAACAAGAGAUAAUACCUGGUGCUGGGCACAGAAUGAACCCAUGAUGUCAGUCAGAAAAGCCCUCAAGCAUAUUUCUCCUGUACGUCCUGAUCUUUAAACCCAGUCAUUAUGCAGAGCGUUCGCUGUUGGCUAUAGUCCCAGGUUAAAAAAAAAAAAAACAUUCCAGGCUGCUGUAGGCUGUCCAUAUGCAGUCUCUGCUUUUACCUUGCUUUUUCAUACUUGAAAUUCGUUCUGCCAUUUUGAUUUCACGGUGCAGACAUCAGGGUACACGUUCCCUCUGGGUGCAUAAUUGCUCUCAUUCCGUUUGCUCACACUGCUACAGGAUGCUCUGUUUUGGUGCUUUGGGUUCAGCGGGUCAAAAAGCACUGUGGGAAAUCACUGCCUAGAACACAGUCUUAAAAGCAUUUGGGCAGGAGUCUUGGUGUUGAUGUCGCUUCUGCUCUUCUCUGUGCCCUCCAGAUGGAGUUACCAGGUUGGCCUGCCAGGUCCCCCACUCCCACCCCCAAGACCUUUCUCUGAAUGGCCUGUGAACCCUGUGCUGUAUCCAAGGGUGAAUGUGACGUAUCUCCUCUGGCGACCCUACCUUUCCUGGUUACUCACCAUCAGAAACAACCUAGGUUACAUAUAGCAAACUCUACACAGCCUUCCUGAGGGAAAGCAUAAAAGGAUAUCUCUAAGGUUGCUCUUCAAAGCCCUGAGCUGAAGGCCUUUGCUCCCGUCCUUGGAGCUGAUGAAAAUACUGGUCAAUUUAUCCAAGCCCUUCCCACUUACAAGAAUGGGAAAGUAGAGGUUUGUGUCGAUACCAUCUAAAGACCACAACUUCUAGCCAUAGGGUAUUUCAUAUAUGUCCAUUUUCAAAAGCAGCUCAGGUGAGUGGUGACUCCAGGCUCCAUGCAGGCAUCUUAACAUGGGACUUCCCUAGAGAGAGCUACAGUGUUCAUUCUAUGUCACAGGGCAGGAGAGGAGACCGGCAGGAAAUUUGGAGGGUAACAGAUCAAUACUCCUUUGGAAACUGGAUGUCUUACUGGGUGCUAGAAUGCAAAUUUAUGUAUUUAUUGUCUGGUCAUUGAAUUCAUUGCCUUUCAAAACCAUUGUUCAAAUGUCACUAUCAUUGGCCUCACUUGUAUGCCAGCCGAAUUGGUUGAAAGCAAACCAGAGAAUGGUUUGUGCAUUUGCCUUACCAUUUGUACUUCUUACAAUAAAAAUGUCAGUAGCAAAUAAAAA